AGAGAGAGAGAGAGAGAGAGAGAGAGAGUUUUUUACCUGCUGGUGCCGCUGUUGCGGCGGAGGAAGCUGGAGCGGCGGCCAUGGCGUGGUAUCUCCGUUAUCAACCUCCUCUCCAUGUUCUAUAACAAACUCUGCUCCACCCUUCUAACAACCAUCAACCCUAAGGUCGUCCCUCUCCCUCCUCACAUAAACCCUAAUUUAUUUUCUCUCUAUUCUCUGCGUCAUCUCCAUCCCAUACACUCUCCCAGAUACCUCUCUGUCUCUCCUCACAUGGCUCAAUUGUUGCUUGGAGAAAAUAACGGUUGCUCUCUCUCUAACCCUCUGAGUUUCCCUUCUCCACAUUGUUGCAUUAGCAAUAAUUGUUAUUCGGAAAAAGAGGAGGCUGGGUCUCUUGGUGUACCUCGUCCAUUGUGCAUCAAUGAUGGGUCUACAAGGUCCGAGAGAGCGUGGGCCUAUUGGAAGAAGCUUGGAGAGCCAAAAUUCAUUGUUGCUCCAAUGGUUGAUAACUCGGAGCUCCCCUUUAGGAUGCUCUGCCGCAAAUAUGGUGCUUCUGCUGCUUACACUCCCAUGCUCCAUUCCAGAAUCUUCUCUGAGAAUGGAAAGUACCGAAGGGUGGAGUUCACAACCUGCAAGGAGGACCGUCCUUUGUUUGCUCAAUUUUGUGCAAAUGAUCCUGACACAUUACUGGAAGCGGCACGGAUGGUCGAACCUUACUGUGACUAUGUAGACAUAAAUCUGGGGUGCCCACAGCGAAUCGCCAAACGGGGAAACUAUGGUGCCUUCUUAAUGGACAACCUCCCUCUUGUGGAAUCGCUUGUGAAGAAGCUCUCCCUCAGCCUCAGUGUCCCUGUUUCCUGCAAGAUCCGAAUCUUCCCCUGCCUCAAUGACACCUUGGCCUAUGCGAAGAUGCUCGAGGAUGCUGGCUGUUCUCUUCUUGCUGUGCAUGGCCGAACAAGAGAACAAAAAGAAAGCAGGAGUGCACGUGCUGAUUGGAAUUCGAUCAAAGCUGUUAAAGAAACCCUCAGUAUUCCUGUCAUAGCCAAUGGCAACAUACGCCAUCUCGAGGAUGCCCAUCAUUGCAUGGAGGAAACGGGUGCAGAUGGGGUCCUCUCGGCUGAAGCUCUCUUGGAGAACCCAGCUAUUUUUGCGGGGUUUAGAACAGGAGAGUGGAGAGGUUAUGGUGGAAAAGAGGGCGGAUUAGAUCAAGCAGAUUUGGUAUUGGAGUACUUGAAGUUGUGUAGGAAGUACCCAGUGCCUUGGAGGAUGGUGAUAUCUCAUGUGCAUAAAAUGUUGGGGGAGUGGUUCAGGUUGCACCCAGAUGUCAGAGAGGAGCUCAAUGCACAAACCAAUGUCACCUUCGAGUGGCUUGAGAAUAUGGUCCAAGGCCUCAAGGGGCGUGGAACCAGGCUUCGGCUUUACUUGCAUAUACCCGAAGGGUGCCAGGAAUGAUUGAAUUAUCCUGUACCUCUAGGACCCUAUUUGCAUUUCAGUGGGUUGGUCUGGUAUGAGAAGUUAUGGGAAAGAGUAUAUUACAGCUUCUCUAAUUCGUGAAUCUUGGAAGUUAAAACUUUUGCAACGUAAUUUGGGAAAAGAGGAUGUUAUGGAGAAAUCUCCAUAGGAAUGAUUGAAUUAUCCAGUCCCUUUGGGAUAUUGGACGUUAAAUUUUUUGUAGGAAAAGAGGAUGUUAUGGAGAAAUCUCCAUUCUUGACCUUUGGAAGAGGUACUUAUGUGGCCGAUUGAUUCAUGGAGCGUCUAUGGAUGUAUAUUACUUUUUAAGAAGUUUAAUCCUAAGGAGAUGAUAAUUAUAAAAAGAAUGUUCAUGAGCA